AGUUGCCUUUGAGCGGUGACAGUGGGAGACUGUGUGUGUGUCGCCGGUCCUCACGGCGAUGGCAUCUUACGAAGAAGUCGGGAUAGGGGACGCUGUUCUUCUCGAUGAAAUCUCGACCAGUGCAUUCGUAGAUAACUUGAGACUCAGGUUUAAUGGCGGGAAAAUCUACACGUACAUCGGGGAGGUGUGCGUCUCGGUCAACCCCUACAGGACGGUCACCUUCUACGGCAAGGACUAUGUCAACCAGUACAAAGGUCGGGAGAUCUUCGAGCGACCGCCGCACAUCUUCGCCAUCGCGGACGCGGCGUACAAGGCCAUGAAGCGACGGGGCAAGGACACCUGCAUAGUAAUCUCUGGCGAGUCGGGCUCCGGCAAGACCGAGGCCUCCAAGAUCAUCAUGAGAUAUAUUGCUGCCGUUACCAAUGUUGCCGGACAGCAGGAGGUGGAGAGAGUGAAGAAUGUUCUCCUGCAGUCGAAUGCCAUCCUUGAAGCGUUUGGUAAUGCUAAAACCAACAGAAAUGACAACUCGUCCCGAUUUGGAAAAUACAUGGACAUUAACUUUGACUUCAAGGGUGACCCAGUCGGCGGCCAUGUCCAAAACUACCUUCUAGAGAAGUCUAGGGUUGUCUUACAGCAGCAAGGAGAGAGGAAUUUUCACUCCUUUUAUCAGGUUCUUUUCGGAGCAACAGAUUCGGAGUUGUCACGCCUGAAACUGAAACGGGAUGUCAAUGCAUAUCACUUCAUCCGUCAAGGUGGUACUCCCAGGGUAGACUCCAUCGCUGACAAGGCUGACUACAAGACUUGCCAACAAGCAUUUAAGACGUUAGGGUUCACACCUGACCAAAUUGAUGCUAUUUGGCGAAUCGUUAGCGCAAUUUUACACUUGGGCAAUAUUGAAUUCUCCUCUGGUGGAGACGAGACUCAGAUCCAGAACCCCAAAGUUGUGCGGAACAUUGCGGAGCUGUUGCACGUUUCUCCAGAUGACGUGAUUAAGGCACUGUGCCACAGGGUCAUAGCGGCGCGGGGAGAGGUAAUGGAGAAGCGUCAUACAGAGAGUGAAGCCAACUUUGGUCGAGAUGCCUUUGCUAAGGCCAUCUAUGAAAGACUCUUCUCCUUUAUUGUGGAUGGAGUCAACAAGGCCAUCGAGGUUCGUUACGAAGGCACAGCUGCUCGCUACAAAUAUAACACCGUCAUUGGUGUGUUGGACAUCUAUGGUUUUGAGAUCUUCGAACAGAACAGUUUUGAGCAGUUUUGUAUCAACUAUUGCAAUGAAAAACUACAACAGCUCUUUAUUGAACUUGUACUGAAGCAAGAGCAAGAAGAGUACAAGAGGGAAGGCAUUGCCUGGCAGAACAUCGAAUAUUUCAACAAUCAGAUAAUAUGUGAUUUGGUUGAGCAGUCACACAAGGGAAUUAUUUCAAUCACAGACGAAGCCUGUCUCAAUGUUGGUAAAGUCACAGACCAGAUGCUUCUUGAGGCCAUGGAGAACAAAUUAAAAGGCCACAAACACUUCACUACACGCAAACUCUCGCCAAUGGACAAAGAGCUCAAACAUGUGGAAGAAUUCAGAAUCAAACACUAUGCAGGAGAUGUGGUGUAUAGCAUCAAUGGGUUCUUGGAUAAGAACAAGGACACACUGUUCCAGGACUUCAAAAGAUUGAUGUACAGUUCGUCUGAUCCUGUGAUCUCCAAUAUGUGGCCAGAAGGUGCGCAGGACAUCACUAUGACAACAAAACGUCCCCAAACAGCAGGAACUCUCUUCAAAAAUUCAAUGGUUGCUCUAGUGAAAAAUCUUGCCAGCAAGGAGCCAUAUUAUAUUCGCUGUAUCAAACCCAACGACCAGAAGUCUCCUGUGAUCUUCGACCAAGAGAGAGUCAUUCACCAGGUAAACUAUCUUGGUCUAGUGGAGAACUUAAGAGUGCGAAGAGCUGGAUUUGCAUACAGGCAGAGUUAUGAUCGCUUCCUCAGGAGAUACAAGAUGAUCUCUCAGUACACUUGGCCCAACUUCCAUGGUGGUACAGACCGAGAGGGUACCAAGAUCCUAGUAGAGGAGCAGGGCUUCACCAAUGAUGUCAAAUACGGCAACACUAAACUCUUCAUUCGCUCUCCCCAAACACUCUUCGCUUUGGAACAGGGAAGAGCAAAACUGAUCCCAGGAAUUGUAAUUUUCCUGCAAAAAAUGUGGCGUGGAGCCAUUUGUCGGAUGCACUACAGACGCAUGUGUGCGGCCAUCACCAUUCUGCGACACUACAGGCUCUACAAGAUGCGUUCCUACAUACUCGAGCUCAACAGAGUAUUUAGAAAUGUGAGGCAAAUGCAGGACUUCGGUAAGCAUGUGCGAUGGCCCGCCCCUCCCCUAGUGUUACGCUCGACAGUGUCUGAUUUUCAGAGCAUACACAGCCGGUGGAGGGCUCACAUGAUCCUCUCUAAUAUAGACAAGGCAGAAUGGCCUCAACUUCGCAUCAAGGUCAUUGCUGGAGAUGCUUUGAUGGGUAAACGAGUAGAUUGGGGUGUGAGGGAGAGCUGGGUGGGCAACUACUUGGCAACUACAAAAGAGAAUCCUGAAGCUUCAACCUUUGAGUCUGCCGUCAGAAACAUGCGUAACAAAGAUGGAUUCAGAGAGGUGUUGUUCUCCAGCUUGGUGAGAAAGAUUAAUAAAAAGGACAAGAUGGCAGAGCGUGCAAUUAUGCUGACAGACAAACAGAUUUACAAGUUGCACAGCAAGACUUUUAAGCCUCUCAGAUCACCCAUUCCCAUUUUGGAGGUGAGUGGAGUGAGCGUCAGUCCUGGUCAGGACCAGUUGGUGAUUAUCCACUUAAGAGGCGGCAACGAUCUAGUUAUCUCCCUCUCGUCACAAUCCAAUGCUAAUCGUGUUGGAGAAUUAACAGGACUCCUCCUCAGACAGUAUCAACUUCUUAACCGCUCAGAAUUGCGUGUGGUAGUGGGUCCGACUCUGCAGUGCAUGCUAGGCAGCAAGUCCCGAGUGGUGGUGGUUGAGGAGAGUGAUGUUAGCACGUUUGCUGCAUUUCGGAAAGGUACCAAGCGUGGCGACAUGGUGUACUCAUGGCCGAUCUCCCUCAACAAGGAACUUCCUCCACCAACCAAAACACACGGCAGACAACCUCCUCCGCCACCACCUUCUCGUUCUGCUGGAGCUAACAGCUAUGGCAAUGGGAAUGGUUAUGGCCAUGGCAAUGGAAGUGUUCCUGGCAAUGGACACAUCAAGGACAAUGGCUACACAAGCACCAGCAACAGCUUCAUUCAUGGAAAUGGAAAUAGUCGUGUUUAUGCAAAUACUGGUAGAUAUUAGUUCCGAUCAAAAGAAUUAACUGAUGUGCUUUAAUAAAUUAUCGAAAUAGAGAUUUAUUAGUUAGAGCAGAGAUAGUGAAUGCGUGCCUUACUUGAUAGUGCUCGUAACAUAUUGUGUGCUAGAGAUAAUCAACUGAUACAAUUCCAUAUAUUCUUGUAUAUUUUCUCUGCAACCAUACAGAUAAUGGCAAUGCAUUUUUCACAUUCAUUAAGUAGUUUGCAUUUAAUAUCAUCACCAUUCAUUUCACAUGUUAAUAAUAGUCAUUCUUUUUAAUUCAUCUCAUAUCUCUUGAUACCAUAAUCUGCUUUACUCUUUCUUGCUUCAUAAACGUUUUAAGUAAUGCCUUGUGAAAUCUGUCUGGUACAAUAGCUUAUAAAAUAUUUAAUAAAAUUUCUACUAAAUAUUAAUAUGCAAUACUUCCGUAUCUUCAGAUUUAAGGGUUUUAGGUACAUAUUAUACUUGUUUUCCAGUGCUUUGUAUAUUAUUAUUUCUACUACAUAUCUGACUUUUUUGAUUCUUAGUUUAAGAAGGCCAUCCUAUUUUUUAUAUAGGGUGAAGCUUUUCAUGAGCAUAAUAUUUUUCGAGACUUCAGCCGAGUUGUCAUGGGUUUCAUAUGAUGAGAUCGUUAGUGACAGAGAGGCAGCAUGAGCUAUGGUAUUCAUGUUAAAGCUGAAGUUAAACCACUUGCUGGUUUUAAUUUGUUUAGUUUUGUCUUGAAGGUUUGGUCACUAUUCUUCUUCAUAUUAGCAUGAAUAAAUAGCUUGUUGCCUUAUUGUUCGACCAUGAUUCAACCUUUGGUUUGAAGAUCAGAACAUCUUUUCUUAUGCUUCUGUUCAUUGUGGGAUAGUAACUUAUAAAUUAGAGCACCCUACCAAUGAAAAUGGAAUAUAAUGGAUUAUAACAAGAAAAGGAUAACCUGUACAGGUUGUGUAUGUUGGGCAAGAUAUAGCAUUAACUUGAAUAAAUUGUCAUUAGUUGUCAUAUCAACUACUGUCAGUUGUCAAACUGUCAUGUCAUCCACUCAUAACUAAGUAGAUAGAGGUUCUGCCUCACACACAUGAGGUCCAUGGUUCAAGUCUCCUAAAGCCCAGGUGAAUGAAAUUAACUUAUAUAUUAUCAAAUAAUUUUAUGGAUUCAAAUAUUCUCUGAAGUUUGGAUAAAUAGAAUGCUUCAGUUUUCCUGUUUAUCACAUACAAGAUGUCUCGUUAAAAUAUAUAACUGUAAAUAAGUAAAAUGAUUUAAAUGUAAUUAAGAUUCUUAUUCUGUCUUCAUUUCUGAUGCCUUGUUAUUCCUGGGAAAACUUCUUCAAUGGGAGUUAGGCUGUAUACAGAAGAAAAGCUCCUUGUUAUUCCUAUCCAAACACAACCUUUUAGCUUUUUCUAUUGCCCUCAGUGUUAGAAUUUCUAUUUGUGAUUAUUUUGUACUGUGCUUUUAUCAAGAAUGAGUCCGAAACAAUUUAUUUUUAAAUAAAACAAAUUGAUUAAUCUAGAACUAAUCGACAGGGAGACCUAUCACGUAAUGAAUGAUGUGUGGAAAUUUGAGGCUAUCUCACUAUAGAUCGCAGUAAGUAAUUGUUCAAAAGAUUCUAAUAAACUAUAAAGUUGUAAAUAUGACUGACUGGUACUUCUGCCAAGAUCUAUCUGUAGCAUUUUAGAGAGGCAACCAUUGUAUAUAAUUAUGAGACUACAAUAUGUGGAAACUGCAGAAGAGGAAAAUUUGUGUAAUGUUCCUACAAUCUUGAUCAGAUAAUGUAGUGAUGCUAUAAUAAGCUCAUUCCAAGAGGUGUUCAGUCAAAUUGCCUAGUUAUCUUUAUGUACUUGAGAAUUUAUCCUUGAAAUAUAUCAUACAUAUUUUAUCAACUGGACAACAUAGCCAGUUAAUAACAUGGUAGAUGUUCAUCCCUUAAAGAAUAGCUUCAUUAUGGUGGUAGAGAAAGUACCUUUGCAACAAACUUGAAAUUUAUUUAGCCCUUUUAAAGAUUAAUUCAUGAACAUUGCACAAUGAUUUGAGACUGUAGAAGCACAUUUUUUCAGAUAAUUAGUGGAAAAGCAAUGUCUGAAGUUUUACUGCCAUUGUGUUCAGAGUACCACUGAAGAAAGAAACUUGUUUCUACUAAACAACUAAAGUUUUGUUUUGUAUUGUUUACUUUAGUUUCUUCCAACUAAAGAAGGCUGUUGGAAGAAACUACAGUAGUGGUGCAAUCAUGCGUUUCAGCUGAAACGCAUGAUUGUAUACUGUAUGGAACUGUAUACUGUAUGGAACUAUAUUUACUAGUUGUGCCAUUGUAUUGGGUGUGUAAUUUGUUCUGAGUGUAGAGAUUUUUUGUAUACUGUACAUACAUAGAAAUAGUUAUUGUCUAGAGUUUUCUUGCCAUACAGCAAGAGUAAUCCAUUUUAUUUCAAAUAUUAUUGGGGUGGGGGGAGGGUUAGUAUUUUUGUGAUAUACUCUGAUAAUUCUGUGCUCGUGCACUAUUGACGUAUAUAGUUUAUAUUUUUGCAAUAACAGUAUAUUUGAUGAUCAGUGAGGUAUAGAAAGCAUAAUCAGUGUUUAGACAAUUGUUGAGUAUUUUUAGAUAUGAUGUUAAUUUUCUAUAUUGCCGUAUUUUUAUUUUCACGAUUCAUAUCCAGGCUGUUAAAUUAUUUGAUUUGUUAAUUUUGAAUAACUGCAUUGUUUACAAUAAUGCUGCAAGUUCAUAAAUUAAAUAUAAAAUGCAUAAACAAACAUUCACUGGCAAGUAUACAACCAAAUAUAUAUGUAAAUGUCAAAUAAUAUAACAUUAUAACUGUUAUACUUAUAAGGCAAGCAAAGAAAGUCAUCAUUGCUUAUGUUGAUUGCCUUAAGUAAAUUGUAUUAUUUUGUUAACACUGUCCGUUAUUUACAUUAAUGUUGCCAGUGAUUUUUAAGUUAUUUCUUCCGAUGGCUAAACUUCUAAUUUGAAAUGCUUAAGAAAUAUUACUUAAAUCUUGUGUUUUUUUUUUUUUUAACCACUUUAAAGCACAUUUCAAUAUAAAGUAAGAUUUUAUUCUUGUUAUUUGGCUAAGUUUUACCGUGUAGCUGGAGGAGAUUACUGCCAGUUGCUGCUAUCGCUUCACAUGAUGCACCCUGCAAGGGCAUUACGAUCCCUUGACAAUUUGUUAACGAGACAAUUUAAAUUAUUCUGCAUUAUGAGUACUGUAAUAGUUUGUUGUAAUUUUGUAUAUUACAUGAAUAUUUAUGAAUAAAAUGUGUACUUC